AUGUCAUCUGAAAAAGAUCCUGCUGCUCACAAACAACCAGAAGUACAUAAACCUCGCAUGUGUGGAGGUAUCACUGGUCUUCGACCAGUAAAUGAAGAUGAUUUACAAAUUUGGGAUAUGGUACCCACAAGUCACAAGCUUAAACCAGUUCAAGUAGCUACACAAGUUGUAGCUGGAAUGAAUUAUUUUUUCAAGGUUGAAUUACCUGACAAAAAAUAUGCAACAGCUCGUGUUUAUCAUGUUCCAUGGCAACAAGAUACUCAUGGAAAAGCAGAACAAGUUGCUGUACAUGCUAAACUUAGUGAUAGUCCAACUGAAGAUCUUGGUCAUUUUUAA